CCGUCGCACGACAUCACUUGUUCCUCUCGCCACUCAUCUCUUUUCACCUCACCUCCCUCACCUCUCCUUUUCCCUCUCCCAUCACUUUCCUCUCUGUGACCUUUCAGUGAAAGGAAGCACCGACGACGCCCCGGUCCACAUCAGUCCGCCCAAGAAGAACACCGGCCGACUGACGCGUCUUCGCUUUAUCCGAAAUUCAAGCGCCUCCCGCUCCUCCACCCUUCCCCCCUGUUCACCAGGCAGCAAGCAGAGUCCAAGGGCCGACAUGCUCGUGCCGACUCUCAAGCUCGCUCUUUGGCUCGGGCUAGCGGCUUCGACCGCCCAGGCCUGCCCUGGCAUUGACCACAGCGCGGGUCUGGGCAAGCGCAUGAACAGGGUCAGCACGCAGCCCAGUGGACCCGACAGCCUCGUGCGCCCCCUCACUUGGGGCCAGGUCAACAUCAUUCAGACGACGGACAUCCACGGCUGGUACCAGGGUCACCUCAAGUCGACGCAGCCCGAGCCAAACUAUUCUGGCGACUGGGGCGACUUUGCUAGCUUCGUUGCCCACAUGCGCAGGCGGGCCAAGAAGCAGGGCGUCGACCUUCUCGUCGUCGACUCGGGCGAUCUGCACGAUGGUGCGGGCCUCAGCGACGGCUACCCAAUGGGUCAGGGCCCAGAUGCCCACGUCUCAAAUCAGUUCCACUCCCUCGUCAAGUACGACGCCCUGGCGGUGGGCAACCACGAGCUGUACAUUUACGAAAAUGCGCUCGACACCUACCAGAACUUCGUCCCGCAGCAGCAUGGCCGCUACGCCGCCAGCAAUGUCAACAUCUCGUACGCGCCUCAUCCCGGACAGGCGAAUGUCACCAAGCCAAUGGGAGAGCGCUUCAUCAAGUUCAAGACCGACCACGGUAGGCGCGUCACGGCCUUUGGCGUCCUGUACAACUUCCAAGGCCAGGACAAGGGACUGACGGUUCAGCCGCCAAAGGACAUGGUCAACGAGGCCUGGUUCGCAGAGGCGAUCAAGGAAGAGCCCGACUUCUUCCUCCUCAAUGGCCACAUGCCCGUGCGCCGCGACGACUGGCCCGUAGUCGUUAACGCCAUUCGCAAGGUGCACCCUACGACACCGCUCAUCGUCACGGGAGGUCACACCCAUAUUCGCGACUGCUACAUCUACGAUAACCGCGCAUUUGGCAUCGAGGCCGGCCGCUACCUCGAGACGAUUGGCUGGCUCUCUUUCAAUCUCACCUCUGCCAACGCCUCGUCGCCCUUGUCCUUUUCCAGGAGCUACAUCGAUGCGAAUCGCCGCAACUAUGCUAUCCACGCCGGUCUCAGCAACCAAAAGCAACUUGACACCGCCCAGGGCAUCUCCAUCACCAAGGGCAUGGACAAGGUUGCGGCAGACUGGAAUUUGACGCAGGUGUACGGCAACAACACUCAGGACUACUACCUUGACCGUGUGCCCGCGACGGACAACAGCAGCAUCCUCCACCUUCUCACUAACGACAUUCUCCCCACGGUCAUCUCGACGAGCAACCCGGACCGCAAGGGCGUGUCUAACUUCGUCCUCGCCAACUCUGGUAGCCAGCGCUUCGAUGCAUACAAGGGCCCCUUUACAAAGAACGACCAAUACAUCGUCUCGCCGUUUACGGACCACUUCCUCUACCUCCAAGAUGUGCCGUACAAGUACGCUUCGACACUGCUCGGCGCUCUCAACGGAGACGGGCAGGCCCAGGCUUCGAGCAAGCGCUCGCCCGAGGCCGCUGCCAGGCACGACGGCUCCCUCGGUCAGCGAAGGGCCGUGGACGCCAAGGUCGUCGACGAGACGUAUGGCGAGUGGCGCCGCGCACAGAACGAAGCGGCCCGUCGCGACCUGGAGGCGCUGGACAGGCGCGCUGACGCCCAAGAUGCUACGCUGGGCUAUGUCACCAAGGACAGCUGCCCUGGACUGGGCGAUGAUACGGAACACGUUGCCAUCCCCUACGCAAGCCAGCCGGACUACGUCGCCUCGCCUCUGACGGGAAACACAACGACCGUCGGGCCCGACGACAAGGUCGAUGUCAUCUUCCUGGACUUCAUCGUCUCCAAUGUCGUGAGGCUGCUCAACAACCAGCAAAAGGACAAGGUGUACAAUGUGUCGGACGCGACGCCUUACAACUCGCUCAGCACCCAGGACCUGUACCCGCUCUACUUUGAGUCGCUCAACAAGACCCAAUAAUGUCCGUUGUUACUUCCUCUCCCUCUCUCUCCAAAUUAUUCGCAUUGCAAUGCAAUGCGGAUUUGAAUGUUGUUUUUCACCGGCGGUUCGGUGUCUACUCUCAAUUGCGUGCAGAUAGACAAUGGCAGCUGGCUUUGCCCAACGUUCUCUCCAUUUUUGCCAUUACUGAAUCUGCAUGGACUGCUCCGGCCUCAAUCGUGC